CCUCGAUCAGUGAUGGCAGAGAAUUGGGGCUCUGUCGUGGUCCUGUGGUUAUUGAUUCUGGUUCGCUUCUGUGCUGCUGUUUUGCAUAAUGAUGGGCCCAACCAAACCGACCAUUCUAGUGAGCUCUCACUGCAACGGGAGACAGGAAAACCCCAACCCAUAAACUCCAAGACACUUACUGAAGGAGAUGAGAGUAAGAAAAAACUUGACAUUAUGAUCUUAGGCAAAGACAUCAUUCGUAAUCUAACAGAAACCCUGAAAUCGAAAGCAGGAAGGAACGAUGUAAUCUUUCCCAGACUCUACGUUAAUGCCAAUUUUGGUAUGCUGACCAUAAACCCUUACUGCACCAAGCACAGUUUUUCUGGGAAUUUCCAACUCGUGUAUAAAAAAGUGACCGAAGACGCCAGUGACCCUACACAUCUAGGUCAGCAGCAGACGAUUCGCUGCCUGCGGGAUGUGAUGCAUCUCCUGGCUAGAGAGAUGGAAAAGGGAGGCCUACAUGAGCCUGUUGGUUUCGGAAACACGAUCCAAUUCCUUGAGCGUUCCACGAAGUCCACGAGGACCAGGAGAAGUGAAGAGGAAUGGGCUGGACCUGGAUACAAAUGGCAUCUACGUCGACUGAAGAGGCGAGCGACGUUUGGUAUAGGAACCAUCCACAACGGCAUCUUCACAAUACAGCCAUAUUGCUCCUACAACGCUGAAAAUAAACUUCAAGGCUCUCUGAUAGACGUUCUCAUCCAGCUCAUCGAUGAUGUGGAUCAGUCAUUCAUAGACAGAAGUAUAGAUGUCAUCGAGUGCAUGGUUUAUUUGGCUGGAAAUGUCACAGAUGCCUUGGAAUCUAACACUCUGGUUAUUACCUCCGGCGAAGCUGCCACUGUUCUUGAUUCUUCGAAUCUAGUUAAUGAGACCACUCAAGGAGUAACCACUACACAAGCCACUACGAAACCAAUGGAAACCACACUUGGACCAAGCACUGUGGUUCCAGCUACAUCAACCUUUGGGAAAGUUUCGUCAACUCCUCAAGUGAUUUCAAGCUCUGUAAACCAACCAUCAACAUCAGUCACCCCUGAGUUGCUCUCAGAAACAACCACAGCUGAUCUUACGACAGGAACAGCUGUAGAAAUGACAAAAACAACAACCGAUUUGUCUACUACUGCUGUCAGUGAAUUGACCUCGACAAAAACGGACUCCACCACACCAUCUGAAAAAUCAGGCGCUUGGGCCGCCUCACCUCAAUCGAUCUCGGAGACAGCCACAGCUGACCAAACGACAGAAACAGCUCUAGAAAUGGACAAAACAACAGCUGAUUUGCCUACUACUACUGUCAGAAAAGUGACCUCGGCCAAAAUGGACACCACCACAACACCUGAAGAACCAGGCACUACAGAAAAAGGGGGGUUGACUUCGACCAGUGAAGGCAUGGAUAUUUAUUAUCAAUUCGAACUAUAUUUAGAAUUCAUUUUAGGAUUCUUUUCAUCGCGCGUCCUCCUCAAGUGAACGGUUUAUUGCUUUGCUUGACUCUGUUGACUAGGCAACAUUUUUUCCGCACACAGUUUCUUCGUGUAUAACCUUGAAUCUAUGAUUUUUCAUUAUGUAAGGUCUUAUUCAAAGCGUUGGUCACAUUUGUAUUUAUUUUUAUGUGUUAACCUUCUUGUAUUAGUUGUUUGGUUGUUUUUUUUAUGUGAUGUGCCUCUCUCUUAUAUUUUUUUUUCUUAUGGGUCUUCUUGAGCAUGACAACAGAUCAUCUUUGCUAGUUUCGUGGUCAUAUCAACAUAGGAGCCGGACAUUCACCAACUAGGCAUUUGAAUCAUUAUAGUACAAUAGUCCGCUGAAGAGGCUCUCCCGAUGGGGGGUGGGUUGUUUUUCAUGAUCAGGCUGUUUUAGCGCAGCUGCUUUGAUCAUAAAGGAUGAGGUUCAGCUACGCGUGAGGAACACGAAAGUAAUUUGAAAGGCUCCUGACCCGAGGCACCUACAGCUGCAAGAGGCUCUCACAAUGCAGCGAGAGAAGCCUUCUUUAAAGGCUACCCAAGAAGUAUUCUGCAUGCCUACCAAUAUUCGAUAGCUUAUUCAUCAAAUAAGAAGACUUGCACCAGACAACCUCACUCAUAAGUUUUUGACUCACGAAGACUUCUCGCCAGCUACUCACAGAGUGGGUUUCGUCUUCGGCCAAUCACGGCGCGUAUUUCGUCCUUAGCCUAUCACAGCGAGAGUUUCGUCCUCAGUCAAUCAGCGGUCAGCAUGCAUAUAUUGAGCAAGACUUACCACGACAAACAGUCUACUCUCGUCUACAAGCGUGAACAUGAUGAGUAAAUCCUGACCGGAACGUGGCUGAGAGAGAUUUUAGCAUGAAGAAGAAAACUUCUAUGGAAAUUGAACACCACAUUUCAGCUAUCAGCUUAAUUACUCUUUAACUGUUAAAGUGUAGCUACACUUCUCAAAUAAAACACUGGCGAGUUACUGGCAGAAUGCAGUACUUUGAAAAUGUAAUGAUAACUUGAAUAUUAGUACUGAUACAGACAGAUUAUUAAAAUCACAUGUUAGUCUUCUCUGUAACUGGUUAUAGAUAAACUGUACUUCGAUAACAAUGCGACAGGUGAUUUAUAUUACGGCAAAUAUAAACUAAGGAAGAAUUUUGUCAUUACAGUUGUUACUACAACACCACCGUACGCGCAUAUGGAAACCACACAUGGACCAAACACUGUGGCUCCAACUACAUCAACUCAUGGAAAGGUUUCAUCAACUCCUGAAGAAUUCUCAAGUACUGUAAACCAACCAUCAACUUCAUUCACCUCUGAGUCGAUCUCAGAGACAGCUACAGCUGAUCAGAGAACAGGAACAACUGUAAAAAUAACAAAAAUAACAACUGAUUUGUAUAAUACUGCUGUCAGCGAGGUGAACUCGACCAAGGUGGACUCCACAAUAUCUGAAGAAUCGGGUAUUACAGCAAAAGGGAAUCUGACUUUAAGCAAUGAAGGUAUGGUUAUUUAUUAUCUUUUUGAAAUAUUCUUAGAUAUUAUUUUAGGGUACUUCUCAUCAUACGUCAUCCUCAAGCCAAUAGUUUGUAACUUUGCUUGAAUCUAUUUCAUAAAGACUGCCUAUAAUUUAAUAAAUAUAUCUUUAAUAUUACCCAUGGAUGAUAUUAAUGUCCGAAAAUUAAAAUCUGAUGUUGAAUGACCCAUUGAUUAUUAUUUCCACAAGUAGUACAGCUGUGAGUCAGAAGGACAGAUAUUAGUUUUCCGCUUAUUAUGAUUUAUAUUAAAAUUUUAAUGCCUAAUUUUUUAACUACUGGAAGGAUAGUAGAUGGUUCCUGUGCUUUAUUAAAGCUGUGUAUUCGCUUACUUUGGUAACUUCAGAUGAGAAAGCGACUGAGAAACUUCAAAGGAAAGCGAGCCUGCUUAAAAAAAUGGUCACAGAUAAAAGAAAGAAAUUAUCGGCUCUCAAGAAGACCACUAGAAUCCUGUCAGGUCUGAUAGCUCUGCUUGCCAGGAACAGACUGAAAAGAGAUGCCCAUUCUGUCUCGCUUUUCGAGUUCACUAGACCAUCUUUCAUCGAUAUAAGUAGUCCUGGUAACGCCAGGAUAAUUCCCUAUUGUGAUAUAAAUCAGGAAAACGCUUUGAAAGGUACACCAGCCUUUCUGUUGUUGAAAAUGAUGAAUGACAUUAUGUUGGUGGCUGAGGGACCAACUGAACAAUUUGACUGUCUCGUUUUGAGGCUCGAGGAAUUUCAAAAUCUGCUAGGAAACGACAUUUUAUAUAUUCCAUCGUCUGCCAACAGCGAAAUAAGAAAAGCCAUCCGGAAUGUCAACUCUUUUGUUCAGAACUUAAAGGAAAGUGGCAAAAGUGUUUUGAAGAAUAUGAAAACAGAACUAUUAAAUAAGUGAGGAUUUUGCAGAAAAAGAAAAAUAUCAACACAUUACCUAACAAGAAUGUCCUCAUAACAUGAACAUAAAAAAUGCGAUUUGUUUUAUACCAAAUUAGCUUGUAUUCUGCAGCUCUCAGGACAUCGGAACAUUUGUUAUAUGUACUGAAAUGGAAGAAAGUCUGGAAAAAUUAAAGUUUGAAUAACUGCCCAAUUUUAAUAACCCCAUAGGUUUAGUUUGACUAAGAAUUUCUAGCAUGUUGUUUAUACUUGAAGUACCAGACAGUCCGUUAUUUGAAGGUCUCGUAAGUGAUAACCUUAUAACUGCCAUGUAAUUCAAUUUCACUCUCAUGGUAUAUUAGUAACACACAAGACAUUGUAGUGGACAAAACUCUCAGUUGCCAAAUUUCAAAAACCACAAGAGAAGGUAUCCCUACCACAGUGCAAGUCUCAACAACAACACACAAGAAUUCAGGCUCAUCAAGUAAAUUACCAUAAUACAACAACUGCAGGAGCAUUCUUCAACAUCUGGAGAUACCUGGUACCUUGAAAAUGACCAACCAUGACAAAAGAAUACUAGUUUAAAAUACUCCAAGAUGUAUGAAUGAGGUACGAAUCUACCGCUACGGUAAAGUUCAGUGAAGCUGAAGGACUGUUAUUGCAACCUGGCAACCUACCGACCAAAAAUGCGUAUGAUUUCGUCAAUUAAAUGAUGGCAUAGAAAACAGUGACUCCUGGAAAUACAAAAGACCAUGAUUAGUGUUUCAAAUCUCGCCUUCGAUUGCUUUAAUCAGACUUGUCUAUUUCUUCAGUCCACUUACAAUUUCCACAUAAAUCACACUUCGACAUUCCAUCGUCUCCCAUUUUCCCCAUCAACCAAACCACCUAAUUAGAUUGUUUAUUAUACAUACUUCUUCAAAAUGAACACCUUGCUCGGAAAACUUCUACACCACCAAAUACUACGUACACCUACACAUAAGGCUUAUUAUGAAAGUGUCGAACACUCGUAAACAAUGCGCCACUCACCUUUAUA